ACGUCUGACUUGAAGAAAAAUGUGCUUACGGAGUUUGAGAGUACAAACAUCGUGGAGAGGGAAACGCGUCUCUCGCAUCAGCUUCUCAGUUCAUGUGAGUUAGCCAAGCAGUGAAGAUCAGUGAUCGUGAGUUUAAGAGUGGCGCGCGAUCAGUUUAGUUUACAAAAAAAACCAACGAUUAACCAUAUUGAUGAAAUAAAAAGAAAAUGUGCACGAGUGCAGAACUGCAGUGACGUGAUCGCAAAAAAACAGAGAGAGAAAGAAUUUCACAAGAGAGGAAGGAAAUAUAGGAAAAAAACAAGUGAUCGAGACGCAAAAAUUGUGUAAAUAUUUACUAAAAGGAAAAAAAAAAGUUGCCUGCACCGAAUUAUAUUUCAAAACAUAAAUUGGUGGAUUAUGGAGAAUGCUCAGCCAGAAUGGAACAGAUCUACAGGGCAUGCCAAUUUGUGCUGAUCUCUCUCCUCAUCACUUGCCACAUUCGUGCAGCAACUGGGAAUUUGACUCUUGCCUAUCAAGCAGGUUGCGAAGACGAACCGCUGUGCCUCAAGUGUGGUCCCACGGGCUGCAUGAAGUGCCCAAAAUACAUUGCCAUCGACAGCAGGAGCUGCGUUUCCGAGUGUGCACGCGGCUACAGCCCUCAGUGGUCCACAAUUCCCGAAUUUAUGGGCCAAAUCUGUAGACCCACAGGGUUUCCCAGUCCCAUCCUGGAGGCAACUGUUGGAAUCUUCGUGGGUUGCAUCCUCUGUGCGGCAAUCAUUGCUGUGGCCCUGUACACAAUUCGUCGCAGGAAGAGACGAAAAUGCCUGCAGGAGGCUCUCAUUGAUGAUACAAUCGAGAAAGCGGAAUUCCUCAAGCAAUUGGACGAGCUCAGACCUAAUGCUGAGUACUUCCUGGCAAUGCUCAACGACACACGACGACAAAUUCGAAAACUCCACCUCGCUGGGGAUACCACAGGAGCAACAGCUUACUGCCAGAUAGUCAGAGAUCUGGCUAAAAUCCUCCUACUAAUCAACAAACCCGUAGAUUUGCUCAAUGGGCCUCCACAUGACUGGAAUCGUCUCUCCUCAUGGGCCGUCAGAAUCCUGGAAAGGUAUAAACCACAAAUUGCCCAGUUGAUUGACUUCCUCCAGAGUCCAGCGGGCGAUCCGAGGCUUGCCGAGUGCCAGCAUCACACAUUCAAGUCCACCACAACAACCUCAACCACCACCGCCAGUGAUUCACCCAACCUGCAAAUGCAGCACUUUGGCUCCCUAAUCAGCCUCCAUGACCUGGAUGAUGUUCAGGCGGCCGGAGAUCCCUUUGAGAGUAACUUUAAUAGCCUCAAACGUAGCUCAGAUAUCACUGGGAGCUCCCUGUGGCUCGAGGAUGAAUUCUUCAAGCUCGGACUGCGACCACAGGAUGAGAUAACGACUGAAUUGUAGUGUGUGUAUGCUUCAAGCUGGAUGUAUGUACCUCCGAGGAUUUUCUCUUACACACACGUGGGACCAAAAAGUGCAACAUUCUUGUACAUUUUUAAUGUGAAAUUUUUCACACAACUUGCUAGUCAAUAAUUCAUUUUGUAAUGUUUUAUUUUUUUUUAUGUACACUUAAGUAGAUGUAAAAGAUGCGCAAAAUAUCGUGAAAAAAAGUAUGAUAAAUUUGAUUAAAAA